GGGACAAAAAAACUGUAACGUUUGUAGCGGGAAGAAAUUCAGGGACCGGAAAAUGACGAUCGACGAUGAAAGUUCAAUCUACGUCGGAGGUAUUCCGUUCGACUCCACCGAAGACAGCCUACGACGAAUCUUUGAUAUAUACGGUUCUAUUGUUGCCAUCAAGUUAAUCAAUGAUCGUAAUAUUGGGGGCAAAUGCUAUGCUUUUGUUACUUUCACAAAUCCUCAAUCUGCCAUGCAUGCGAUUCACGAAAUGGAUGGACAGGUAUUUUUCUCCUUCUCUCGCUGUAAUGGAUAGUUGAUGUAAUGAAUAGAAUACACUAUAAUGCUUGCUUCUGGUUUUAGUUUUGUUCCUUUCUCGACCAUGUUUAUUAGGUCAUGUAGGGUUUGUCUGAAGUGAAGCUUUAUUUCAUUUUCUAUUAGACUGUCGAUGGUCGAGUUAUCAGAGUAAAUGAAGUGAGGAGUAGAGGUGGGAAGUCCAAUUUUGGUCGUGAUAAUUUCAGAAGGAAUUCAGACAGGCGCAUGGAUCGCGAUAGGGGUAGUUCUAGGGAAAUGGAAUAUGAUAAUGGUAGAGACAGGUAUCUGGAUGAUUUGAGAGAACGGUCUCGGGAGCAUGACCAAGGAUAUGAUAACAUAAGAGAUCAUGAUCGCAUGAGAGAUCGAUUUUCUGAUAGAGAAAGAUUUCAUGAGCAUGAUAAUAAUUUGGACAAUGGUGAACAAGAGCGUGAAAGGAUGCGAGACUACAACAGGGAGCGGGUGAGGGAUACAAGGAAAGACAUACAUAGGACUGCUAAUCACCAUAAAGCUUCUGAACGGGAUGAGGAUGAAAAGCCCAAGUUUCGGGAAACAUCUCAUUCUAAUGAAUAUGGAAAAAGAGCCCGUUCAUCAGAGUCCGCGGAUGAUGAUCAUGCUGAAGUAACCAAGAGACUGGAGAUUUCAAGUCACAAAUAUGAAGAACUUCAGAAAGAGAUGGCCGAAAUGGAAGAGUUGGCUGAAGAAAAGAAACUGCUUGUUCUGAAGUUGCAGGAAAAAUCAAAGAAAUUGGAGGAAUCAUUGUCUGCAGCCAAAAGAGACAGGUCUUACCGUGAGAUGCAAUUGACUAAGUUGACUAAAUGUUACCUACAAGUACGAGACUGCAGUGAACAACUUAAACGCUCUGAACAGGAACUUCAGUCAUUGGUUAGUUCAACAAUGUCUGAGCUGGAACAUGGUGCUCUUACAGGUGCAAGAGAUAGUAUCCUGGCAAAUGGCACUGUAUAAUAAAUUAAACUGGCCUCCAACAAUUUCCUGUGUGUGCAGCUAUGGAUCUUAUAAAUGGUUGUAGAUAUGGCGACCCUUUUUAGGGCAACAAACAUGUCAUAUAUUUUGAGGCAAAGGGAGCAGUGUUUUAACAAUUUUGUUUCCCCGUUUGUAAUUUGUAUCACCAAUACAAAGUACGGUUGCAGUUUUUAGAAGAGGAAGCUUGACAUGCUCGUGGUCUGGGAUUGUCCCCCUUCCGGCAGCUUGACUGGGCUUUGAUUAGACGGUGAGACAAAAACCGGAUCUACGAACCUUAUAUCAUAAACCUUCAAUGUGAAUCCAAAAACUGUUAUGAAAAGGAACCGUCUGAAUCAAACAAUUCGAUAGAUAGAUGCAUGACCUUUCCUAGUUUGGAGAGCGGUUGUGUGGAGCCCUUUCGGUGCACCUUUCGCUGAUAUGGUUUCUAUUCGGGCUUGAUUGGUAUGUUAGUUUUCCAACUUUUCACCGGCUUUAGGAGUUAACCUCUUCCAAUUUGCCUUUCAUGUUUACGUACAAAUUUAUCUGCGAAUAAAAGGGGAUCCUUUUGUAUUCAUUUGUGGUACAUUCAAUCUCCCGCUAGUAACUUUUGCACUCUUAGCAGCAAAAAUAUAUAUAUCAAA